AUGCAGAUAUCUACGGUUCAACCGGUGUUCAAGUUAGAACUAAACCACAAAGUAACGCCUGGCAUUGUGACGAUAGCAAAGUAUGAUGGCACACACCUUUGCCUCACUGCGUGUGCUGGUUAUGAUAAAAUAAUAAUCCAUCAUCCACACGGGGCGGUAGCGAGCGGCCGCGCACAGCGAUCGCAGGCGCACGGUGAAGUCUCAGAACUAAACCUCAGUCAAGCAGUCAUCGCACUCGCGUCCGGGCCGCUUAAACCUGACGUGGCGAGAGACAUGCUGCUUAUUGGCUCGCCAACGCAGAUAUUAGCUUACGACGUCCACGACAACACUGACUUGUUCUUCAAGGAGGCGCCGGACGGAGUAAACGUUAUAAUUGCGGGUAGUUUCGGCAAACACCACGAGACGCUUGCGAUUGUGGGGGGCAACAGUUCCGUUCUGGGACUCAACUGGGAGGGGGGAGAGGUCUUUUGGAAUGUGGUCAGCGGGAAGGUCUUCUCCAUGAUCGCGUUCGAUUUCGACAAGGAUGGCGAGAAUGAGCUGCUGAUAGGCUGUGAGGACUCGUACAUCCGGGUGCUGAAGAACAACCAGUUCGUGGUCGAGCUGGCGGAGACGGGCCCCGUGCUUUGCCUCACGCCGGUCACCGACGUUCGGUUCGCGUACGGUCUCGCUAACGGAACCAUUGGUAUUUACGAGGAGGGGAUCCGCUUGUGGAGGGUUAAGUCCAAACAAAACGCACUCUCUCUCCAAUGGUCAGGCGAGACGCUGGCAUGUUGCUGGAAUAACGGUCGCGUGGACUGGCGGGACGGCGUCUCGGGCCGGGUGCUGCGCCGCGUGCAGAUGAGAGCCGCCGCCGCCGCCAUGUUGUUGUCGGACUACCGCUCUGUGGGCGCGCCUGACCUCGUCUGCGUCUCCGAUAAGGGAGAAGUUCUGGGGUACUCUCCACACCAAGAAGAGACAGGCUUCAACGCAGCUAAGAAACUGCCCUCAGAAGAAGAUCGGCUGGCCAUCACGGAGUUGUUUAAUAAGAAGCAAGCUCUGACAGUUGAGCUGCAGCAUUACGAAGCCAACGCCAGUUCGGCUACCAACAGCCUGGAUGAGAGACCAGCCACUGCCAUGCCUACCAAUACUAGACUGCAAGUUGCUGUUACGCCUGUGCCUGAUGAGGGUUCUCUAGGCCUGGCGAUAUCAACGAACAACGAGACGGUAGUCCGCGCGGCGCUGGUUUUAGCAGAGGGUAUAUUCGAGACGGGCGAGACACUAGCGCGGCACCCGCCAGCAAGCGAGUUGCGGUCCUUACUGCAUGUGUCGCUGCGCCCGCCGAGGGAUGUGCCCGUUGAUGUGCAUAUUAAGGCCCUAGUUGGUUAUGCUGACAGUGAACAGUUCCACAUUUUCGAGCUAACUAAACAGUUGCCCAGAUUUUCUAUGUACACUCUUGCCCCUCCUAGCUUGGCCAAGCAUAGACACGAGAGCUAUGUUACAUUUAGAAUCACUGAAAGAGUCCAGAGAAUUUGUAUUUGGAUCAACCAGAACUUUUUAUUAGAGCAAGAAGUAGAAUUACAAAGCGAGGAAGCAAAGGAGCUCCAUAUUGGUUUUAUUUGCUUGAGGGACAAGUCUCAGUUAGACAUGGAUUUUGGGCCAGAUGGACAAGUAAAGAUUUCUACACCUGAUAUACGGUUGGCUGGCGAUUUGAUACAGAGCUUGGGUAUUUAUCUUAACUUGUCUGAUUUACAGUCCGUGGCACAAUUUCCUGAAGCGGAAAAGAAACUACGUGAAGAAAUGGAAAAUGCAUCUCAACUCGGAGAAAUGAGGUCUCGACUAGCUGCUGAAACUGCCGAGCGUGCACAGUUGAUUACCGCUCUAUUACCUGCUGCGCAAGAUGCGGCUUCUUUUGAUUUGAAAGAAAUGCUCAAUCGUUACAAGGAAGUGGUCAUGCUGAAUGAGGAGUUACUGACAGGCUGCCACAUCAGGAGCUCCACACAAGAGCAGGCUGUCGCUUCGCUGAAAAGCUUACACAGAGUGUUACAACAAGCUGCACGGCUUAGGGUGGGAAAGCACAGCAAGGCGGUGGUAGCCGCUAGCAGAAAAGCUGUACGUGAUGACAACGUAGACGCUCUAGUCAAGAUCCUGCAAGUUGGGGACUCUUAAAUCAAAGACAAAUUAUAUUGUGAUUAUGAUAAAAAAAUAAUUUAA